GUAACCGGUUGCAAAGUAAAGAGAUCACAGCAUCGCCCUGUGUCCCAAUCCUCAGAAGACGAUGGAAGGAGCCGGAGCCGGGGAGGCUGGAGGUUCUGGGUCUCCCAGCCCUGAGGCCGAAGAAGCCCAGGCGCAAGCUGCACAGUUUCACGAGGAUGAGGAGAUCAUUGAGGUGCUGGAGCUGAACGACGUAGAACCAGAUCCAGAUGAUUUGGCCAGCGACAUGGAGGACGUCGACUUUGCAGAUGAUCCUGAAGAUGGGGAAAUGGCUGAUAAUGAGGAAUGGGAGACAGAGGAUGAGGGAGUGGAAGAAGGAACGGACCCCCAUGACGACAGUGAGCUGACAUUCUCCAAACAUACAGCCUCUGUGUUCUGCGUCAGCCUGGACCCCAAAGAGAGCGCUCUGGCAGUGACAGGGGGAGAGGACGACAAGGCGUACAUAUGGCGCCUGAGUGACGGAGAGACUGUGUUUGAGUGCACAGGUCACAAGGAUUCUGUUACUUGUGCUGUUUUUAGCCACGACUCCACUAUGGUGGCCACUGGAGACAUGAGUGGCCUGAUCAAGGUGUGGAAGGUGGAGGGGGCAGAGGAGAUCUGGUCUUUCGAGGUGGGAGAUCUAGAGUGGCUGGAAUGGCACCCCUGUGCCCACGUAUUGCUGGCUGGCACAGCUGAUGGAAACACCUGGAUGUGGAAAAUACCCAGUGGCGAGUGUAAGACUUUCCAGGGCCCCAGCUGCCCGGCUACCUGUGGCCAGUUCCUGCCCGAUGGAAGGAAAGCCGUGGUGGGCUAUGAAGACGGAAGUGUGCGGAUAUGGGACCUGAAACAAGGAAAUGCUCUUCAUGUCCUCAAAGGCACAGAUGGACACGCCGGGCCUCUCACGUGUGUCGCCUCUAAUAACGAUGGCAGCCUCGUACUUACGGGUUCGGUGGACUGUGACACAAAGUUGGUGAACACAGCAACUGGCAAGGUUGUUGGGGUUUUCAAGACGGAAAGCAACGUGUCCAAGGCCUCAAGACGAGAAGAUGGGGAGGCGGAGUCCAACUCAGUGGAGUCUUUAGGCUUCUGCAAUGUCCUUCCCCUGGCUGCUGUUGGUUAUCUAGAUGGCACCUUGGCUGUAUAUGACCUCUCCUCUCAAAGUCUGAGACACCGGUGCCAGCAUGAGUCAGGAAUUGUACAACUCCUAUGGGAGCAGAACUCGCCUGUGGUGUACACCUGUAGCUUGGAUGGAGCCGUCAGAUUAUGGGACUCCCGUUCUGGCAAAAUGAUUAGCGAAUACUGUGGGCACACUGCUGAAAUUCUCGACUUUGCUCUGAACAAAGAUGCUUCCAUUGUGGUCACAGCGUCGGGGGAUCACCAGGCUAAAGUGUUCUGCGUGCAGCAGCCGGACCGUUAGACACAUCUCCUUUACACCCUCAUAGGAACGGCGCGCGGCGCUGCUGUAUCUUUCCUACAUACGUAUGUGAGGAUGUGUGUGCAGAUAUUUCUUUACGUGUAUUUACACUUCUCCAGAAGCCGCGGCGCCCCCUCCUGCCCACCUCUCUUUUAUAUGGCGUAUGGCGCAGGACUGCGAGGAAAUUCGUUCUUUUUAACCUGUCUGCCUUUUACGCACAAUGGCCGCUGAUCUCAAAGGAAAAGAAUAUUUUGUUUGCCCGGGAAGUGAGGUUGUGGAUCUACGGAAGCCGACGCACGUGGCAAAUGGGGGGCAUCGAAAGUAAAUUCUAAA